GGCAGCAGCUCUAUACUUUCAGACAGCCAGUGUGUGUCGGGGAGAACAUUGCUGUCGUGUUUCUGUGUGAGCGAGACUGCGUGUGUGUACUAUUAUAUGUGCGUGUUUGCGUGUGUGAGUUAGUGGUUAAAGCAGCCUCUUAGGAUGAGAGGCAGAGAGAGACAGACGGUGUUGUGAUUGAGAGUUGGCAACAUCGCCUCUCUGCCGCCUCACCCAGUCCUCAUCCUGCCCUCCUCUCCUCUCUCUUUCCUCUGGCUCUGAUCUACAACACCGCUGGGAUGUCUUCUUCUCCAGGAUCCAUGGACGGCAGCCAGAGGAAUAGCUCAGAGAAGGUGCCACCCCACGUGAAGGAGGUGGAGCCUGCCCAGGUGAAGCCAAAGGAGGUGGAGCCUGGCCAGUUUAAGCUAAAGGAGGCGGAGCUUGCCCAGGCGAAGAUGAAGGAGAGGCAGAAGUUCUUUGAAGAGGCAUUCCAGCAAGACAUGGAUCAGUACCUGUCCACCGGCUAUCUGCAGAUCAGUGAGAGGAGAGGAAGCUUUUCGUCCAUGGAGGUGAACGUGGACAUGCUGGAGCAGAUGGACCUGUCCGACCAUGAGAGCUUUGACGUCUUCCUCCUCUCUGGGGGAGAGGACAACAACGCUGCCUCCCCCAUGCUAGGUCCAGACGUUGACUCGUUAACCACAGAGUUCACCCUGCAGGUUCCCACCCAGGCUGAGCUAGGAAACAAGCUGUCCUCCCUCUCCUCCACAUGCACUGAUAGCCAGGCCACAGAGGCUGGGGACGAUGAUGAAGAGGAUGAAGGGGGGAGGGAGGACAGCAGCCACCGUCCUGUUGGGGUGCAGAGGUUCCCCCCAACACUGUCCUAGCAGAGAGACCACCACCCCCCACCCAAAAGCAAGACACUUAAACACUGAGGACAGCAGCUCACAGGCCACAUAAGGGCCAGAGUAGGAGCUAAGACAAUGAACAGACCGAAACCCUGAGAGGAUGGGAGCUAAGACAAUAUACAGACCGAAACCCUGAGAGGAUGGGAGCCAAGACACUGAACAGACCGAAACCUAGCGGAAUAUAUGCUAUGCACUGGAUGCAUGGAGGAAGAGAUGCGUAAUUUAUGUUUCCUGUAUUUUCAUCCAUUUCUGGAAAGAAAUAACUCCAUGUUGAACAUUGUGGUUACAGUAUUAUUCCCCCAUAAUCUCUCGACUUGGUAAUAAAUAUUUCACCACCCUG